AUUCUACUGGGGCUGUAGGAGCUGAGACUGUCAUCACUAUGAGCUGCUAGGUUUCAAAGAUAAACUGUUCCAAAUUAUAGGAGAUGCUUUACAGGGUUGGCUGUGUCCCUGCUGUUUGAGAUGUCCCCUCUAUAGAGCAGUAAAUUCUCCAGGAGGCAUCUCUUCAGCCCUUCGUUCAUCCACCAAACAGCUGUCAGCAGGGGGAAAAACAACCAGAGCAGGAAAAUGGGACCAGGGCAAACCAUGGAGAGCCUGCUGUCAAGCAUGCACUGCUCAAACCACCCCAAAACAGUGCCUAGAAGAUCUGUUCCAAAGGUGAACAAAUGCACUCAGGUUAACAUGGACUUGGAAGAGAAGAAGUCCAGUGCAGACCUGAGCCUUUCUAGGCGGUCAGAGCAUUCUCCAGGGAGCACAUCACCCACCCAGAAAGAUUCCUCUUCCUCCCCAGAACAGUCUGUCACGCCAGCUCUGCUGCCACAGCUGCCCCCACCUCCACCCCUCCCUCCUGGGGGCAAGGUGCCUCUUCCCCCUGUUUCCACACCUGGCACGAGUGCCCCAUCACUGCCAUCUCCUCAGCCAUGCAGCAGUCCUGGGUGCAGCCAUCCUGCCUGUGGCUGUGGGGAGCAGCCCCAGGCUAGGAAGACACCGACACUGAGGAUGAAGGUGCUCCACUGGCAGAAGCUGCCCUGUGACGUGGUGAGACAAAGCCACUCCAUAUGGGCUGUGAUGCCAAGCAGCAGCAAGGAGCUUGUGGAACCCGACUAUGCAAGCUUGGAGCUCCUUUUCUCUGUCCCAUCAAGAAUCCCUAUGGAGAAAACAGGGCCAAAAAUAAAGAAAACCAAAGAGAUCACAUUCAUAGGUCCAAAGAAAAGCCUCCUUCUGAGUAUAUUUCUGAAGCAAUUUAAAUGCUCCAAUGAAGAGAUUGCUGCCAUGAUUCAGAAAGGGGACAGAUCCAAGCUGGAUGCUGAGAUACUGAGACAGCUGCUUAAACUGCUGCCUGAAGACCAGGAGAUAAAUAGUCUGAAAUCUUACAAAAAAGAAAAAUCACAGCUGGCAAAUGCAGAUCAGUUUUACCUCCAUCUUUUGGAAGUUCCCAGCUACCAGCUGAGGAUUGAAUGUAUGCUGAUUUGUGAGGAAACAAAAAUUCUGCUGGAGUGUCUGUGGCCAAAAGCACAAGCCAUCAGGACAGCCUGUGAAACAAUUCUUACCAGUCACCGACUGCCAGUGUUCUGCCAAUUGAUUCUUAAAGUUGGAAACUUUCUGAACUAUGGGCGUCACACUGGAGAUGCUGAAGGUUUUAAAAUUAGUGCCUUGCUCAAACUAACAGAAACAAAAGCAAACCAAAACAACAUUACUCUGCUUCACCACAUUUUGGAGGAGGUUGAAAAAAAACACAGAGAUCUCCUGCAGCUUCCCAGAGAUCUUGACUUUGUUUCCAAGGCAGUGGGAAUCCACUUUGAUGCCAUGCAGGCCGAGGCAGGUGCCAAUUUGAAGAAACUGCUGGAAAUAGAGAAACAUUUAUUUUUGUCAACGGAUGAUUUAAAAAUACAGCAUGGAAAAUCUGUGCAAGGCAGCCUCAAUGCUUCAAAGGACCUGCAGAAGGAAUUUGCCACCAUUGAAAAGAAGAAGGAAGAACUUGCAGAUUAUCUUUGUGAAGACCGAAAAAAACUGUCUUUGGAAGAUGUAUUCAGCACAAUGAAGACAUUCAGAGAGAUCUUUCUCAAGACCUUACAGGAAAAUCAAGAAAGGAAGGAGCAAGCUGCAAAAUCUGAGAAAAGGAAGAAAUGGUUUAAAGGAGAAGAUGCAAAGAGGCUAAAGGGAGAGUAUGGAAAGUGUCAUACAUUUAGCAAUUAAUUUUUUUUAUUAGCUAAUCUUUUGUUAAUUGGAAGGAAUUUAUCUGUUAGCUCUGGCAGAUGUGAUGCAAUGAGAGUAACUUAAAUGAUGUAGUUAUCAAGCAGAUGAAUAGUGAGACAUCAAUUACCAAUUUUUGAGUGCAAGUGAAUGCUUGGAAGAAAUCCUGAUAGGAAUGUUAGAAAAAAAUACCACUCCCAAUGAUCAAGUUUCUCUUACUUUGCUCAGAAGUGGAGGAUAUCCUGCUAUUGUUCUGAAUAGUUCUUGGGAGACUUUUAGGAUUAUAGAAAGCUGCAAACACUUGAACUCCAUGCAGCACAGUAGGCAAAUUGGGUCCUGUGUUAUUGUUAUCAUAACAUUUGCUUUCUUCUGAUCAGAGAUCUGAUUCCUUGAAGGAGGUAUGUCAGAUCUUAAAGAAGUGUCUGUGCUGAUUGAUGCAGAAAAGCACUUGCUGUGCUGGGCCUCCUUGGGUGUGAAGCAUUGCUAACAUUGGCAUGUGUAUAUUUUAAAUUCUUAUUUUGGCUAAUACUUGGCAUCCACUUUUAUUGAAGGUUUCUGCCAAUAACAUUUGGUUACAAUUCUUGGUUCUUCAGAGCACCACUGCAAAGAAGCCAUCAGAAGCCACUCCAUCUGAGUGGAGUUCAUGUAAAUUUUGUGCUAGAUGCUCAACCCUUGGAAGACUGUUGUUUAUCUUGUAUCUGGUGUCUAAAUAGAUGGCCUCCUUUUAGAUCCUCUUUCACAGUUAUUCACUUUUAGAAAUAGAUUAAGAUGUGUGAAGUCCAUUGAAAACUGACCAAAACAAAGUUUUCAAUAUUGUCUUGUCAAGUUCUACCACAAAUAUGUUUUACAUACUUUGCAAUCAUAAUGCACUUAAUGUAAAGUUGCAGGUUACAAUAAAAAAAAAUCCUUUUUGCUAUAA